GAUGAUGCUGUCAGACAAUGAGCUUGCAGGUGCGAUGCGGAUAGAACAAUGAAGAGGGUUGAUCGUGGAGCGACAAAUCGCCGAAAACCAGCUCCAUCGCCGAAUGUUCUCCCGCCAACCUUCAACAAUCAGACCACUUUGAACACCGACCAGAAAACUUUGGAGCAAUCGCAAAGCACAAAGGAAGCUUCCCAACACAUCAAUCACCAGCCUACGAGCCUUUGAAACAUCUCCCAAAAUGAACACAGUCAAAUCAGUAUACUACGGUUGGGGCACACUCAUCGUCGCCGGCGGCGGCGCCUACUUCUUCGCAAAGCGCAGCAUCAACGCAGACCGCGCGGCAAAAGCCGAAGUCGACCGCCAGAAGCGCAUCCGCCUGUUCGAACUCGAGCAAUCCACGCUUUACGCUCCGCCAACCACUACGCCGCUCAAUCCAACGUCCACAUCCAAUGCGUCUAACUCUACUGCGCCGCGGUCCGUCACGAGCGAGCUGGGCCGGCUGAGGAGCGAGAGGGGGGAAUCGGGUGGCGGUGGUGGUGCGGAGCUGGAUGAAGAUGGGAAUCCGUCGAUACAGGCUAGCCAGGACCCCGCCGCGACGAGACAUGCGCCGGAGGAUGAGGCGCAGAAGGCAAGGGAGAAGAGUAAAUACGAGGCUAGUGAUGUGUAUCGGACGAGGAAGGGGGAUCGGUUCUCAUAA